AUGGAUGUGUCAGACACUCCGAACAGGCGAGAGUCCUCGUCUUCUCGGGCUUCCCGGCCAGCACCCAAGUCGCUGCCCCGCAGCAAGCGAGAGCCAGCGGAUACCGAAGACGAGGCUGUAGCUUCACCGACCUCCACAGUUUCUUUCUACUCCGUGGAAGAUGACUCGCCAGCAGGGGACGGAGGACCGUCCGAUGCAUCCCCCGUGCGUCACGCGCCUCCCUUGGUCCUUGAAGCAGACCCCGUCGACAGGGCGCCAUCCUCUCUUUCGUUGACCUCAAGGCGCUUCCACAGUUCCCAGUCUGUUUCUGUCUCCUCUCUCACUGUUUCUGCUCCCUCUCACCAGGGGGAUGCCCGGGUCGAAGUUCCCUCGCAUGCAGCGCGGGAGGCCCCCGGACGGCAACGCACAUCCGCUCCUUCCUCUACAGCCCCGACGCCACAUCCUCUCGCUUCUUCGGCAUCUUCUUCCUCUGUCUCCUCUCGUUCGUCUUCUCGCUUGCGUCAAACGGUCUCUGUUUAUCGAGAGGAUCAGGCGUGUGGGGAGUUACCGGACAGCUCGACGGCUGCUGGCUCUCCGCGCAGUGUCUCUGGAGCCGACGGGUCCGCUACGGAAGGUCGAAAUGCGACGCGAAAAGGAAGAGGAGUCCAGCCUUCGGGUUCUGGAACCGCGAAGAGCAGCGAUCUGCCGCCUUCGUCUCCGCUCUCUUCUGCCCAUUCUGCGGCUCCUUCCGGUCCCCGGCCCAGCCUACCUCGAGUUGGAGGCCUCAGCGAUCUCAUCCGGCAGGCGCCCGACCUCCUUCGCAAGAGCCGCGAGCGCCGCCUCUCGGAGUCUCCAUGCCCUGGCCCGUCAGGAAGUGAGACAGAGGACGAGAGACAUGCACAGGAGAAAAUCCGACGCUCCAACGAGCGCGUGCAUCGCGCACGAACCCGAGGGCCCCGAUUGCGCGCUUCCUUGCGGUCGGGCGCCUCUCAAACGGUCGAUGGGCAAAGCGAGGGGAGAACGGGCCGAGAUCGUCCCGCUCAGCGUACGUCGCCAGCGCAGUUCGCUGUCAAGCGAGAAGCAGAAACGCUGAAGCGGAGUGGACGGCGGUCUCCAGGUGCUUUCCGAGUCUCGGAGGACGGAGCGAUUGUCAUUUCGUCUUCCGAUUCGUCGCCACGGUCUCUAACUCCUCAAAAGCCCGUCAAGCUGGACAUCUACACGGGCGGCCUCGCCAGUCGAAAAAAAGGCAAAAACCGAGAAGCUCCGAACUCGGAAAAUGCAAUACCCAAAAGCAAAGCCGACUCCUUUCUUGUUCUCUCCGAUGGCGAAGACGAAUGCCAAUCCGCUUCUCACUUCUCUUCCUCACGCUCCUGUUCGUCAUCUUGCUCUUCUUCCUCUUCUUCCCCUUCCUCUUCAUCCCAUUCUUCUUCCUCUUCCUCUUCUUUCUUCUCCUCUUCUUCCUCUUCUUCGUUUCCCUCUUCUUCCUCUUCUUCUUCCUCUUCCUCCUCCUCUUUAUCCUCUCCUUCCCCUUCCUCUUCUUCGUUUCCCUCUUCAUCCCAUUCUUCUUCCUCUUCCUCUUCUUUCUUCUCCUCUUCUUCCUCUUCUUCGUUUCCCUCUUCUUCCUCUUCUUCUUCCUCUUCCUCUUCCUCCUCCUCUUUAUCCUCUUCUUCCCCUUCCUCUUCUUCCUCUUCUUCGUUUCCCUCUUCUCACUGCCUGGAACGCCCCGUGGCCGACGGAGGCUGCCGAGAAGCGUCCGGUUUCAGGCCUGCGCAAGGCUUCGCCGAACGUGGCCUCUCCAAGACCAGGCGGCGAAAGAGAAGAAAUGCGUCUACGCCCUCGCAAGAGAGAAGAAGCGCAGCGAGCGAAGACGAAGCGACGCCUUGGCGACAGACCCGCGGCACCGCUGAGGAAAGCCCCGAUGGCCGUCGAAGGCUCAGCGCUCGCGUUCGUGAGCUGCCGUUCUACGGAACAGCCGGGAAAAUCACCAGAGUCGACCUUCGCGACUUCCUCAACCACAAACAGCUCUCGUGGACCCCCGGAAGUAACUGCAACGUGGUCACAGGCAUGAACGGGAGUGGGAAGUCCGCGUUGGCCCGGGCGAUCCUCUUCUGCUGUGGAGCCGAGAGCUCCGGGGCGAGUGCGUCGUCGAGCGGGGGCGAGCGCGUGAAGCUCUUUGAGUUCAUUCGCCAGUACUGGGCAGAAGACGGGCCGCGAAUGGCGGAAGUGAAAGUGACCUUCUCGAACUUCAGAGCCGACCCCGACCGCCGUCCGCCCGAGAGUUUUGGAGCCGGGCCCGAAGAAGCCUCCGCGUCUCACGAUCUCUGCUCCGUUCUCAAAAUGAAACGCGAACUUCUCCGAAACGCAGACUCCCCACAAGACUCGCGUGAGUCUCCAGAGUCGGCGGCGCAUGCACCAGCCUCCUCUGGGGACGGGUCACGCACGUACCAGGCGGAGAUUUGGGGCCCGACGCUGACCAUUAUUCGGCGCGUCUGGAAGAAGCAGGUUGUUUCCUCCCGCGGGGCGAGGGACGAGGGCGGCGAGAAGUGGGCUACGGACCGCUCGGAGUUCUUCCUCAGCGCAGGCCGCGGCGGCACGGUGACGGGGAUGCAGCCGGUGAAGAAGGAGAAAGUCCAGCAAAUCUUGAGGUGCUUUGGCCUCGACUUCGCCAAUCCGGCCGUCUUCCUUACGCAGGACAGAAGCAAAACGCUGCUCGUAUCGGCCAAAGAACAGGAACUCUACGACUUCUUCACAGAAGUCACAGGACUGGAAGAGGCGUGUGUGGAGCUUCGAGCGCUCGCGGCGAAGCUGUACGAGACGGAGACAGAGCUGACCAAGUACACGAGCAGCCUCGGGCCGGUUCUGGACCAAGUGACGGUGUGGCGGAAGGCGCAGGAAGAAGUGAAGUUGCUGCGGAACCAGGAAGCGUCGCUGGACCGGCUCGCGCAGCUCCUGCCUCUGCUGGAGCUGCGCGAACGCCGCGAAGAGGCCGAACGCGCGCGGAAGACUUCGGAGACUCUCGACCGGGAAGUGGAGGAAGAACGCGCGAAAGAGCGCGCCGCCACGGAGCACUGCGCAGCCCUCGGAGGCCGCCGGACGGUGGAGCAGAAGCGGCUGCAGCAGGAAGAGCUGGAGAGAGUGGCCGAAGACCUGCGCACGCUCCAGCGAGAACAACGCGACCUCCGCCAAGAAGCGAAGCGCCUCGAGCGCGAGAAGCUGAGCAAAGAAAAGGCGAAGAAACACGAAGAAGAACUCCAGGCGCAAGUCGAACAGCGGCUCAAGACCGCAGAAGAAACGCAUGCGGCGCGCCGUGCGCAGUUCGCCGCCGCUGACGCGAAAGACUCUUCCGCGGAUUUCACUAGACACCUCGCCCUCGUCGAAGAUCGCCGGAAGCAACUGGAGGAAGCCGUCGAGGCCCGUGCGGCCCUUCGCGCGACGCUGGCCGAGGUACAACGUGUGCUCGAGCGUCAGCUGUCCAGUCGCGCGGAGGUGGAAGUGAUGGUCGUGAGGCAGGAGGACCGUUGCCGUCUCGCGCAGGACUCUCUGCGCCAAGCCGAGGACGACCUCGAAGACGGUCGACGCCAGCGGCGCGUCGGGCGCGAGCAGCGCCGCGUGCACCUUCAGCAGCGGAAGGCCUUGUGGCAGCGCAGGAAAGCCGCACGGGAAGAAGCGAAGAAGCGAGACACAGAGGCGUCUCGCCGGGUCGCUUCUCGAGACGUUCAAAACGCGAACAAGGCCGCGUCCAACCUGGACGGCGAGCUCGCGCCGUCGUGCCCGGUGGGGUGGCGAAACGACCUGUACACUCCGCCGUCUUUUUCUUCGCAUGCGUCGAGCGCCGCACCUUUCCAACUCGACGCUCUCCACAGGGAUCUUGCGGCGCUCGUCCGGAGCAAAGCGCUCGAUACGCUGCCCGUCGGCCCUGUUGGCGAGUUUCUCUUUGUUCUUCGUGAGGCGUGCGAGGCGGCGGAGGCCCCGCCGCAGGCGAUCGCGGCUCUGGUGGAGCGGCAUCUGCGGGCGCAGGUUUUCAGUUGGAUCGUUGGGACAAAGCGCGACCAGCAAGUCCUUUUCAAUUUUUUCCGGACUCGCAACCUCCCGAGAAUUCCGCGAAUCGUUGUCGUCAACGCCGACGCGCCGCCGUAUGCAGACCGCCUCCUGCGUGCCCCCAGCGGCGCGGUGUUCACAGUCUACAAGGCGCUCUGUGCGCCUCCACGUGGAGACUCUGAGGCCGCGGACGCGAGUUCCACCGCUUCCUUCUCGCCGUCCCUCCGAUUCGUGAACUGUCGCUUCGCCCCCAAAGGGACAUUCGGAAACGGGACAGAGCCGCCGUGUGGCGCCCUGGCGACAGAGAAGACAGCUCGCCUGCCGCAACAACUUCUCCGCUUUCUCGUCGACGCGUGUCGCAUUGAGAGCACGGCGCUGGUGCCUUCGCACCGGCACCUCGUCGCGCUUCUUCUCGAUCCUUCCAGCAAGUCGGACGAGGCGCUCGCCACUCGAGACCGGCUGUACAGUCGCGCGGAGCAAACCCACUUCAAAGAGGGUUACGACUGGAGCGGCGGGCGGCAUCUGAAGCGAUCUUUCGCAGGGUCCGAGUCGAUGCCGGAGAGCGCCCUCGGGCACGCGGGCCGGCCGGGGGGGCCAGCGAGUCGCUUCGUGCGGCUCGUGGGAGACGGUGUCUCCUUCGGCGGGGCGAGGCGCCCGCGGGGCGAGCGUCAGAAGCGCAGCAGAGAGAAGACCGACGAGGACGAAGCCGCGGAAGAAGACCAGGCCGAGGAGGAAGAAAUGCGGCAACUCGCCAGAGAAGACGAGGAACUGAAGCACCAGGAGGCGGCGGCCGAGCGCGCAGAGGAAGAGGCUGUUCGAGACGCAGGACGGAAACUGGAAGAGGCAAAGGCGGAACUGCAGCGGCGAAAGGCCGAAGCCGACGCGCUGGACAACGCCGAGGAAAUCCAGAGUCUCCGUGCGAAAAAACAAGCUGUUUCGGCGGCUCGGGAGGCGAUGGAGGGCGCGGAGGAGGAGUUGCGCGAACUGCGCGAGAUCCGCGAACAGCUUCGUCGGGCUGCAGCGAGUGCCUCGCUGGCUGCUGAGGAGGAGGUCGAGAGCCGCUUCUCUGCGUUGAGACUGACAGUCGAGGAGAAGAAGAAACGCGUCAAACGGCUCGACGCAGAAGCGGAAAGCCUCCAGGCGCAAGCCCAAGAACUGUAUCGCCGCGUCGAAGAGAAGGAGGAAGAAAUCGCGGCGCUGGAACAAAGACAAAAACAACUCGAAAAGAAGCGGCGGAACUUGCAGGCUGCGCGCGAGGAAGGGGAAAAGCGACUCGCGGCGCAGACACAGGCGAGAGAGGAGAAGGAAAAUCAGGCGAAGGCCGCGAGGAAGGAGGCUGCGGACCUCCAAGUUCGACUUGAGAUCGUUGACGACAAACUGAAGGAAGCACAGCUCGCGUAUGAAAUGAAAGUCUCCCAGAUGAGAGGCGCAAAGGAGACGUUCGAAGUGUGCAGGCGGCGGCUGGUUAUUCGCAGAGACAAAUACACGGCCGGCCUGAACGCCAUCACUUCGGAGCUCGCCGCCUCCUUUGAGGCGCACCUCUCGGGAAUCAUUCGGCGGUCUGCGCGCAUGGUGGUCAAUCACCAGACUCGCUCCGUGCGACUGGAGACGACCGACGAGUCGCAAAGUGCGCACGCGCAAACAAAGACUCUCUCUGGAGGCGAAAAAUCCGCCGUGCAACUCGCUUUUCUCAUCGCCCUGGCAAAGAGAAGCGUCAGCCCGAUCCACAUCUUCGACGAAGUAGACGUGUUUAUGGAUGAAGGAAGUCGACUUAAAAAUCUCGACCUCCUGCUCCAGUUCGGCCUCCAGUGUAAACCCGACAAGCAGAUCUUCUUGAUUACGCCGCACAAUGAAAUUUGUCAGUUCAUUCGCGAAAACUACGACGAGAAGGACGUCUGUGUACAGACCGUCUCGAAGGUCGCCUCCGCAUGA